AUGAAGAACAUUGCUUCUCCGGCGAUUCUGGUGGUGGCGAUGGUGUUUCUCUUCUCGUGGAGAGCUACUGCGACGGCGAAUGUGACUUACGACCACCGCUCUCUCUCAAUCGGCGGUCGCCGUCAGCUCAUUAUCUCCGCCGCUAUUCAUUAUCCGAGAAGUGUUCCCGCCAUGUGGCCAUCACUUGUUCAAACAGCAAAAGAAGGAGGCUGCAAUGCAAUCGAGUCUUAUGUGUUUUGGAAUGGCCAUGAGCCAUCUCCUGGAAAGUAUUAUUUUGGCGGACGGUAUAAUCUAGUGAAGUUCAUCAAGAUUGUUCAGCAAGCUGGAAUGCAUAUGAUUCUGCGGAUUGGUCCUUUUGUUGCGGCCGAGUGGAAUUACGGAGGAGUCCCUGUUUGGCUGCAUUAUGUGCCAGGAACAGUCUUCAGGGCGGAUAACGAGCCGUGGAAGCAUUACAUGGAGAGUUUCACGACGUAUAUAGUAAACCUGUUGAAAAAAGAGAAGCUUUUCGCACCACAGGGCGGUCCAAUAAUCUUGUCUCAGGUGGAAAACGAGUACGGGUAUUAUGAGCGGGAUUACGGUGAAGGAGGGAAGCGGUAUGCUCAAUGGUCUGCUUCUAUGGCUGUUUCACAGAACAUUGGUGUUCCAUGGAUGAUGUGCCAGCAAUGGGACGCUCCUUCAACUGUGAUUAGUACCUGCAAUGGCUUUUACUGUGACCAAUUCUCACCUAAUACACCUGAUAAACCCAAAAUCUGGACUGAGAACUGGCCUGGAUGGUUUAAAACUUUUGGAGGCAGAGACCCUCACAGACCAGCAGAGGAUGUAGCUUACUCUGUUGCUCGUUUUUUCCAGAAAGGCGGUAGUGUUCACAACUACUACAUGUAUCACGGAGGGACGAAUUUUGGACGUACUUCAGGAGGACCAUUCAUCACAACAAGCUAUGACUAUGAAGCUCCAAUCGAUGAGUAUGGAUUGCCAAGAUUACCAAAAUGGGGACACCUUAAGAAUCUCCAUAAAGCUAUAAUGCUCUCUGAAAACAUGUUGAUCAGCGGCGUGCAUCAGAAUGUUACAUUAGGCCCUUCACUCGAGGCUGAUGUGUACACAGACUCUUCAGGAAGUUGUUCUGCGUUUCUGUCGAACGCUGAUGAUAAAAAUGACAAGACGGUUGUGUUUCGGAACACAUCAUAUCAUUUACCUGCUUGGUCAGUUAGCAUUCUACCUGACUGCAAGAACGCGGUUUUCAACACCGCAAAGGUAACUUCGAAGUCCUCCAAGGUCGAAAUGUUACCAGAAGAUUUGAAAUCUUCAUCAGAUCUUAAAUGGCAAGUGUUCUCCGAGAAACCAGGUAUUUGGGGAGAAGCAGACUUUGUGAAAAACGAACUUGUUGAUCAUAUCAACACCACAAAGGACACAACUGACUAUCUUUGGUACACAACAAGCAUAACGGUCAGUAAUAAUGAAGAGUUCCUGAAGAAUGGAAGCCGCCCGGUACUGUUUAUUGAAUCAAAGGGACAUACUCUUCAUGUUUUCAUUAACAAGGAGUACUUAGGCACUGCAUCAGGGAAUGGAACUCAUGUGCCCUUCAAGCUCAAGAAAUCAGUUUCUCUCAAAGCGGGCGAAAACAAUAUUGAUUUGCUUAGCAUGACUGUUGGUCUUUCGAAUGCAGGAUCUUUUUACGAAUGGGUUGGAGCCGGGCUUACAAGUGUCUCAAUCAAAGGACUCAAUAGUGGCACACUGAAUUUGACAAAUACCAAAUGGUCCUACAAGCUCGGCGUGCAAGGAGAACAUCUAGGUCUGUUCAAGCCUGGUAACUCCGGGGCUGUGAAAUGGACGAUGACUACAAAACCUCCCAAGAAACAACCUUUGACUUGGUAUAAGGUUGUCAUAGACUCACCUUCUGGGAGUGAACCAAUUGGGUUGGAUAUGAUCAGUAUGGGUAAAGGCAUGGCUUGGUUAAACGGUGAAGAGAUUGGAAGAUACUGGCCUAGGCUUGCUAGAAAGAACUACCCGCACGAUGAAUGCAUCAAAGAAUGUGAUUACAGAGGCAAAUUCAUGCCGGAUAAAUGCCUAACUGGAUGUGGAGAGCCAUCUCAGAGAUGGUAUCAUGUUCCGCGAUCAUGGUUUAAGCCUUCCGGAAAUGAGUUGGUGAUCUUCGAGGAGACAGGCGGCAAUCCCGUGAAGAUUAAACUGUCCAGAAGGAAAGUCUCGGAGGUGUAA